GAGAAAUUACACUGGCACGGCCAUCAUGGAACUUUUUCCUUCACUGUCACGAUCUUACAUUCUUGCCUUUCAAUUCUCUUCCUGGUACCCUGCUUUUCAUACGAUUAGCAUCAAGUCUACUAUCAUCCGACCUCUUUCGCAAGAAUUUCAUAAUUAUCUCAACGCUGAUCAAGUUUUUGUACCCAAGGGAUCAGAGAACGUACUUGUUGAAAGUACUCUAUCCGACGAUGAAGACGAUGAAGAUAGAGACAGCGUAGACUCUGAUGAGACCCCCAUCUUUGCAUUUCCGGAAUUAGAUGAAAAAAUCAGAGCAGUAGUCAAGGAAUACGGGGCUGUAUUUCCGAAGCUCAACUUUACUUCGCCCAAGGAUGCCUCGUGGAUACUCCCAGCUUCAUCGCCGCUGAAAUGUACCUCACCCGCUGACGUUUACUUGUUGCUCAAAUCGUCCGAUUUCAUAUCUCACGACCUUUCUCCAUCCACCGUGUUUGAUGGUUGUGACCCGGUGCAGUCAGACUCGUACGACUUAGAACUUGUGUUGCGCAAAUGGUAUUCCGUAGAUCGGAGUCGAGAACUACGCUGUUUCGUGAGGAACAAUGUUUUGCUUGGAAUUUCUCAGCGCGAUACAAAUUACUAUGAUUUCCUGAAUGAUCCCGAUACCCAAUCCAAGAUCAUGAAUACGGUCGUGACAUUCUGGAAGAACAAGAUACAACCACAAUGGAAGGCGGAGGCCAGCUAUGUAUUGGACCUCCUCCUAACACGCGAUCUAUCUAGUGCACACAUUGUCGACUUCAAUCCGUAUGCGCCACGCACAGAUCCUCUGCUAUUCUCAUACGAAGAACUCCGAGAUAUCGUGAAUGAAGAUCGGGCUACAGACACAUUAGCCCAGCUAACAGCACCACUACCACAUUUUCGCGUAAUUGACUCCCCAUCUCACCCUGCGGCGAGCUGUAAAUCUCCUGCUAACCAACAUAACAUGGUUCCGUUCGAGGCACUGAGUUUGAGUAACGGCCGAGAUAUUGAAGAUUUCAAAGAACUUUGGGAGAAAAGUAUCAAAGAAAGUUUGCAGGAUCAGCAAGGGGAACAAUGUUAAUGACGUACAUGCAGUAGAUCUACUUGGAAAUUCUGUUACUGUACAGCUAUUCCCACACUUUGUCACGUGCUAUCAUCUUCAAAGGAGCCCGAUUCGAGUUGU